AUGCUCUGCCUCGGCGUCCAUCCCUUCUCCCCGGCUUCCUCCUCCCCACUCCACACCUGCCUCCUAUCGAGACCGCUCCGCUCACCUGCCGGCGCCGCGCUGACUGCCUCCUCCUUGGUGCCGCCAUCCGUCUGCUGCGGCUGCACUGCUGGCCGGAGCCGGCGUGCAACGACGAUGGCCGCGGUGUUCUCGCCGGUGGGCAGCAGCGGCCUGGUCCAGGACCUCGUGUCCAGUGGCGUAGCCAGCCUGAUUUGUCAGGAUGGUCCGAGACUCAAUAGGAAACUUAUGCACAUAACUAUUGGGAUGGUACCCUUGCUCUUUUGGCCCCUUUUCAGUUCGGGAAGGUAUGCUCCUUUCCUUGCUGCACUUCCGUCUGCGAUUAAUAUUUUAAGGACUCUUCUAUUGGGGCUAGGAAUAAGAAAAAAUGAAGCAGUAGUCAAAAUAUUGAGCCGAUCUGGAGACCACAGGGAAUUUCUCAAGGCACCAUUGUAUUAUGUUACUGCUAUAGCUUUGGCCACUUCUGUAUUGUGGAGAACAUCUCCAAUUGCUAUAGCACUUAUCUGCAACUUAUGCGCCGGAGAUGGUGUAGCAGACAUAGUGGGGAGACGUUUAGGGAAAGAAAAGCUUCCAUACAACUCCAACAAGUCAUAUGCUGGAAGCAUAGCCAUGGUUGUGGCCGGUUUCUUGGCUUCGGUUGGGUGCAUGCAUUAUUUUCACACUUUUGGUUUCAUUGAGGAAAGUUGGCACAUGACGUUCGGCUUCCUUGUGGUCUCCAUAGCCGCGGCACUUGUAGAGUCACACCCCAUCAGCACUGAACUGGAUGACAAUUUAACUGUACCUCUCCCGUCAUUCCUGGUUGGUAGCCUCAUUUUAUGA